AUGCACGGUUUCGCGCUACGAAACUAUCUCUCCCUCAAAACGCUCAUCGCUAAGAUCGUCGGCUUAACUCUAACCCUUGGUGGAGGAAUGCCAGUCGGGAAAGAGGGUCCAUUUGUACAUAUGGGUGCUAUAGUUGCAUCACUUCUUAAUAAGGCAACUGCAGCAUGUCAAUAUAAUGCAUUUUUCUCAAAUGAAGGUCGACACAUGGAGAUGCUGAGCAGCGGUUGUGCUGUCGGUAUCGCUUGCACAUUCUCAGCACCGGCUGGAGGUAAGCAAAUAAAACAAAAUUUUAGAAAGCACAUCUUUCUUGGAGGUCUAUGUAGGAAAUUCUAAAU